GUCAUCUACAAUUUGAAGUGUUACAUCACCACCACCAGUACAUGGCUGUAACUCUCUGUCCCUUCUACAUUGUUCAUCUUUACUUCAUUUGUGUUCCUAAUUGUGUUUCUAAUUUUAGAGAUGAAAAUAAUAAAGAAAAUUACCCUGACAACAUCGCCCUCCUAGAAGAGAACCAGCAGCAUGUAGAACAGGCCCUGUUCCAUGGAGCAUUGCGAUACACCAUGGGCAACUUCAAGUCUAGAAAACCCAAAUCCAUCAUCAAAGGGGAGCCCGGGAAGGGCCAUGCCGAUAACCAGGAGCCAGAGAAUGUCUCUCCCAGCCCAUCGGAAUGGCAAGGGAAAGCAGGAGCCCCAGCUAAUGAGGGACCUCAGAGCGUCACCUUCCACUGCCAAGAUGUGGUGCGUCAUCAGCCAAGAUCAGAUCAGAGGGUGGCUGUUUGGCCAAAGGAAGUAGUGGAACCUCUGCGGGACUUAAACGAGGAAGAAGCCGCCCCGCUGCCGGGACUCAAGGACCCGGCUCUGUCGGCGAUCCGGAGCGUGCCGGGGGAUGAAGCCCGCGCCGGAGACCCCGCGCCGGCCUACAAAGCCUGGCAGAACGAGGGGGAGAACGGCUGCGAGGAGCCUCCGUCCAUCGGGACCAGCCGCCUGCUGCGCCACAUCACGGACGGAGACCACCCGCUGCUGUCGCCCCGAUGCUCCAUCUUCAGCCAGAGCCAGAGGUUUAACCUGGACCCCGACUCGGCCCCGUCGCCCCCCAGCACCCAGCAGUUCAUGAUGCCGAGGAGCUCUUCCAGGUGUGAGGAUGGCAAAGGGCCCCAGACCGUGACCCAGCUGACCAAGCACAUCCAGGGCCUCAAGCGGAAAAUCAGGAAAUUCGAGGAAAAGUUUGAGCAAGAAAAGAAAUAUCGGCCUUCUCAUGGAGACAAGACUUCCAACCCUGAAGUCCUGAAGUGGAUGAAUGACUUGGCCAAAGGCCGGAAGCAGCUCAAAGAACUGAAGCUAAAGCUCUCAGAACAACAUGGGAGUGUGCCCAAAGCCCUGCCCCACCGGACCCUGCCCCAGGAACCCGCCGCUGUGCCCAAAGAGACGGAGAAGCCAGAAGCUGCAGGCACCGAGCCAAAUUCCUCUGGGGAAGAGAUGCCAGAUGCCCUGGUCAAGCCGUCGAAGGAGCAAAGAGAACCACUGACUGCCCAGGAAGAUGCCAAGGUAAUGAAGCAAGACAAGAGCCUGAUAAAGCCCCUUUAUGACCGCUACCGAAUCAUCAAGCAGCUUCUGUCCACGCCUUCGCUGAUCCCGACCAUCGAAGAAGAAGAUUCAGAUGAAGACUGUCCCCAGGGCAGCCACCAGCCUUCUUUGUCAGACCCAGCCUCCCGCUUGCCCAUGGGUGAAGCCCUUCCCUUCCCCAGCGAGACUGAGCCGGCUGCAGCCCUGCCUCUGGAUGCCAAGAAGGAGGCCAGACAUCCGGCCCUUUCCAUGUCGAACCUGCACGAGGCCACCAUGCCGGUUUUGCUGGACCAUCUUCGAGAAACCAGGGCGGACAAGAAGAGGCUUCGGAAGGCGCUGAGAGAGUUCGAAGAGCAGUUUUUUAAGCAAACUGGACGGAGCCCGCAGAAGGAGGAUCGAAUCCCCAUGGCGGACCAGUACUACGAGUACAAGCACAUAAAGGCCAAGCUGAGGCUACUCGAGGUUCUCAUCAGUAAGCAAGACGUGUCGAAGACGAUCUGAGGUGCAAGAAAAGCUCCUGAUGGAACUCUCCCAGCGGGGGAAACUUCUCGGCCCAUCCUUCCUCUUGGGUCAUUUGAACACGUUCAGAAGCACUUUAAGCGGCAGGAUUCACUUGUGGAGGAGAAAGGAUGGCCGAGGCGUCCCUCCGCCAUGGGAGAGCCGAAGGACGGGCCCGGGAUCCGAGAGGUGGGAGAGCCAUGGCCAGCGGCGAUGGGGGCCGGCCGACGCAGUGUUUAAGGCGGAUGCCCACUUUGGCUGGUCUACGAGUCCGUGGUCAGGUGGUCACUUCUGGGGGAAAUGAAUCCAGUUCCGGUCUAAAGACAGGCUCGUGCGGAUGGCGUAAGAAGGGAGAGUGCGUAAGCGAAGUUCAAAAAAACAAACCAGGAGAAAUUCUGCUUUUUCAAUAGAAAGGAAUAGAAUUGGUAGCAAAAUAGUGAACACGAAGCUUCUAAUAGGGAUGUUUUCUAGCUAAGCAAACCCCCCGCAGACAUUUGGUCUGCAGUACCUUGAAAUAACCGACUUUAGACUAGGUGACGGCGGAUUUUCAUUUCUCUACUCAGAGGAGCACCUUACUUCUGCCUAUGAUUUAAUCUUGUGUUUCCAAUGACCAAAGCUCAUCCUGACGGCAUGCACUUUGUCAAGUCCCGAGUAUUGUCUCUAACUGCCAGAUGUUUAUAUUCAAAUAAAAAUAUUGCGUUAACAUUUGAAAUUAGGUAUUUUGGAUAGCUAAAUGUCUGUAGCCUAGAACUGAAUGGCCGGCCACGCUCACCAAGCUUUUGCUCCCUUACUCUCGGAUUACAGGACUAUUUUUCCAUUGGAAAUAGGCCUUUUUCAUCCUGCUUAAAUGCCGCUGUUCUAAAUGCUCUAACUCGCAAAGACCUAAGCAUUCCCUCCCGAGCUGCGGUCACUUUCUCUGGGCUUUGGGCCUGUCUGCCGUCUGGCCUGACCCCGUGAGAGGCUUCGAGCUGACGGAGCGGGCCGGGCCGCCCUCGCCAGGCCUUUCUGUUCUGGUCCGAGUCCGUAGGGGGGCAGCGUCUCCUCCGCAUUUCUGGCGUGGGCAGCGUCGAAGCAUGAUUUGGCAGACGUUCCCCUUUCCAGAGUCGGGACCCCUUCCCAGGCGGACUCCCGUCCCGCUGCUUGUGUGCUGUGAUACCCUGUAGGAGCCGCCCCCUUCGUGAGAGCCGCUGCCCAACCAUGGGCCGCUAACGGGCAGCGCCGCAGGCGGGACUCCCGGGCCGCGGCUUUGAUGGGGGACGCCGUCAUGCCGUGUGUACGGCUGCUACGAAAAUGCAACCUCUAUAUUCUGUAUGACUGUAAAUAUUUUAUAACAGCACAAAUAAAAUAUUUUUCUAUUAUA